GGAAAACUUUGCGUCCGAGAAAGUACUGACAAUUUAUUGUUUUACCACGUAUUGCUUUUUUAAAUCUCCAUCUUCUUUGAUUUUCCUUUGGAAUAGUCUAAAUAUUUCACAAUAGAUAUUAAUUUGCAUUCCGCAAGGCUCAAUAUCUACUGCACAUCAAUUACGAUAAUAGGACUUGUCCAAAAUAUCCACCCAACUUGGACAUCUCUUCCGAAGGACUAUCAACAUACUAGUAUUUAUUAAUAUCAUCAAGUAAUUGCAAGAUUUUACUCAUCAUUAUCUUUGCAUUUUCCACCAUCAAAAUACUUUGUGAUAUCUACCGACAAGUAAUAUAUUAUCAUCACACAAUUGAAGUUCUCUCUUCACUCCAAGCUUGUUGUUACAGUAAUAAUAAUUGUUUGGACAAUCUAGAGCUUCAAUAACAACAACAACUCAAAUAUUGCAUCCUUUCUCUCUUGGUUGACAAAAAGUUUGAUAAUAAUUUAGUUCGCUCAAAAGAAAAACCCUUCCUUCUCAUUGCGCGCGCAAAUUGUCCUUUUCCUUCUAACAGACUAUUUUUAGUUUCAUUUAGAAGAUUGUUAAUUUUCAACGGUAUUCCCUUGCAAUAAUCCACCACAACACAGCAGUAAUUAACGAGGUCACACACCGGAUCAAGACGUUUCAUCAAUGAAGAAGAUAUUGAAAGAAAGACAACAAACAUCUCCUCUAACUCCUACUUCGGUAACUACAACGAAUAGUACAAAUUUUGGUGGUGCUACUUCAACGAUAUCAAUCAGUAGCAACAAUAGUGGUGUUACAAAUUCAUUGCUUGGUUUAGCUGCCUUUGGUCAUCAACAACAACAUCAAUUGGCUUCGGCAACUUCACUGCCAUUGGAAUCAUCAUUCUUUAAUAUAACCAGUCCUUCUACAUUGCAAUCGACAUUAUUCCAAUCAAGUCCUACUUUUUCAACACCUACCCAACAACAACAUCAACAACAACAACAAAUUGUAUAUAAUAAUCAAAUGAGUUAUCAACAAGCACGUACUUCAGUAGCUGCCUCUGAUCCUACACUAUUUAUAAAUUCGCAACAACAACAAAAUAUGAAUCAACAAGGACCUCUUCCUUCUUUAUUCAAUAUGAAUCCACAACAGCAGGCAAAUUCCCAGAAUUAUCCAUCACUUUCAACACCUAAUUUUUCUCUCCCAUCCCUAAGUUCAUCAGCCUAUCCACAAUUAUCAACCAAUUCUAAUAAUAAUGGAUCAAUUAGUAUGAAUGGAUCAUCUGAAAAACAACAAGCAAUGGUUCUUCAAUCUAUGGGUGAAACAAUUCCAAGUUUUUCCAUUCCAACAACAGUUUUAAAUUCAAGUUCUAAUCAUCACCAUCAUUCAAUGAGUCAUUAUCCAACUACAGCAGCAACGAACACAACAAAACAUUCGACAAGUAGUAGUAAUCUCCAAGAUGAUCAUUAUCAAUCACAUGGUCACAUUCCUCGUACUGCUUCAUCAUCUGCUGUUACUUCAAGCCCACAAGUUGAAAAACCAGUUGCAGUUAAAGCAAGUGGUGUUGCUACAGCUGAUCAACCAAUUGUUGAAUAUAUGGAUGAUGAUGAUGGUUGGAUUGCACAAUGGUUCAAUGAAGAUAAAAGACAAAAGUGGAAACUUAAAAAAGAAGUUGGAAAUAUGAUUCGGGAAGAAAAUGUGAUGGCUCACAUUGAUUUAAACUAUGAAGAUGGACAAAAAGUAUUGUCACAAAAAUCAAAAGAUGGUAAAAAGAAGAAGAAGAAAAAGCAAGAUGAAGAAGAUGAAGACGAUAAGAAAAAUGAUGAACCAGUCAUUACUAAUAAUGAAAGCUUUUUCAAUUAUCAAUCUACAAGUAAGAGUACUGUUACAAUAGGUCCUUUCAUGUAUAAUAUUUGCAGUUACAAACAAGAAGGAAAGAAAUUCCGUAUGGUUGUCUAUCUUUAUACUUUAAAUAAUUCAACACCAUAUCAUCCAUUCCAACAGCAACAACCUUUAGAUUUAACAUCUGCUAAUAGUAAUGCAGUUUUGUGUUGUUGUUUAAUUUCUCCAAGUUUUACUAUUAGAGCCAAGAAACCAAUUGUAAAACCUGGUAUUAAAUCAAAGAGAAAGAGAGGAGUUGAUGAAGAUGAUUCUGGUGAGGAUGAAAUGGAAGGUGAACCAUCUCCAACAAAUCAUAAGAGGAUGAAAGAACCUCUAAAUGAAGAUGCAAUUCCAAAUUAUCAUCAUAUUGCAAGAUCUAAUAAUGGAUCCACUAUUGAAGUGGCUCCACAUCAAAAUCAAGCAGCCACUCAAGCCAUUGAUGAAUUAUUAGAAAGUUUAUAUAAGAAUAAUGGUGGAUUUGUUGAUCCUUCAUUAUUAGGAACUGCUCCAAGUACAUCUGGUAGUAGUAGUGCUGCAUCAAGUAGUUCUCAACAUCCAGUUAAUACUGAAGAAAAGAUUAAGAAUAUUACAGAAACUUUCCAAAACAUGGCAGAUCCAGACAGAAAGAAAUUGCUUUGUAAUUUUAUUGAACUUUGUUAUCCACAUGAAAGAGAAUUCCUCUUUAGAAAAUAUUUUGAAUCAAGUGAUUAUGGAGAAAGCUCAAAUUAUAAUUACUCUGCACAACAAUCGAAUCAUUUACAAACAAUGCUUCAACAAUAUCAAAUGAUUCAACAGCAACAACAAGAUCUCUAUGCUUACUUUACAGCAUUAAAUGGAGGUGUUGUAAAUUCUCAACCAAAUGAUCAUGGAAUGCAAAUGGUACAAUUGAAUGUUCCUUCACAAAUUCCUCAAGUCCUUAUUGCCCAAUCUUCAAUUCCUCAACAUCAAAUUCCACCUCAACAAUCACAACAAUCAAUUCCACAACAACACCAACCACAACCAAUUAAUCCUUCUCAGUUAUCAUUUGCUGCCAACCACCAACCUAGUGAUGUAGAUCAAUUUUUCGUUGAACUAUUUGAUUAAUUUGUGAUUUUAAAUUCUUCUUAAUAAAAUGUACAUGAAAUU